AUGCGAAUUCAGCAACUGUUUCCAUUCCAGCAAAUGGUGUUUGGUGGUCUUGGUCUAAUACAGCAUCGUCUACUCAUCGCAAAGUGUAAUUUGACACUUGCAGACAAUUCAGCCUCUCUUGACGAUAAAUGUGGAUCAACUCAAGACAUUUCAAUUAAUGAUCCAUAUCCAGGUUCUAACAUCACUCAAUUUAAAAUUUACGUGUGGGCAUAUAAAACUAAAACCUACCCAACCAGCAUUGGAAACAAUUUUCCUGCACUUGUCAGUUUUUGUACAAAUUUACCAUGUAAUAGUGCAAAUGAUAGUUCAAGUAAUCAAUUUUAUUAUGUUAUGGCGAUAAAGAAUUUUAACUCUGCGUCAACGAAAGUUAAUUUCGCAGUCCCAUGGGAUAUUGAAUGCAAUAACACCGGUCCAAAUCCCCCUCCAACUUCGCCUAAUACUUCAGACACUCCUCCUAAAUCUAACUCUAGCUCUAGCGAGAAAAUUAGAAAUAUUGAUAUUAUUAAUAUUUAUAUAUUAACUAUUAUAGUUACAAUCAUAGAAUUAAGAAAAUUAAUCGCUUAA